UAUUCGUGUAAUCGUGUGGAGUGUCAAAGCUCAAUCUUGCGGGUAUGUGCAACUUACAUAUAAGGAAACUCAUCAUGAAAAAGAAAAAUAACCAUUUUAUAUAUUUUAGCGAAUAUUAAAAGCCAUAUCUAAUUUCCUUCUUUUCUCUGUCUUGUUUUAACAAUUUGUGGAUGAUGUUGAGUUUUGGUUUCCACCUGAUAAGGGUUCUACUUUGGACUAUAGAUUUGCAUCUAGGAUGGGGAUUUAAGUCAAAUCAACGGUUCUAACACCAAAUCUUUAAAGCAACAAGUUUUUCUUUUUCUUAACUAAGCACAAUCUUAGAAUAAAUUGAAGAAUGUGAAGUGCUUAUCUUGAUAGCUUGUAAUGCCAAUGAUAAUAGGCAUUUUAAAUUUGUAAAUGCAAAAGCAUGUGAUCUUUUUGUGCGAGAAUGGGUACUAGACCAAUUUGGACCAGUGUACACUAAUGAGAGUUGUCGUGUGGUCGAACCUCAUCAAAAUUGUAUGAGGAAUGGACGUCCUGAUUCAGGAUACUUGUAUUGGAGGUGGAGUCCAAGAAGUGAAUUGCCCAAGUUCAAUCCCAAGAAGCUUCUUAAGUUUAUGAGAAAUAAAUCAUUUUCAUUGGUGAUUCAAUCUCUCGUAAUCAUGUGUUGUCCCUACUCUGCAUUCUCUCAAAGGCUGCAAGAGAAACUGGUGCACUUAAAAAGACUAAGGAGAAACUUGAAAAAAGGAGUGGAGGAACUCACUUGGCGUCUUCGACUAGAGAAAAGUUUAAGGAUUGAUGAGAAUGUUGCCAGGGAAAUCAUAAACCAUAGAAGUCUUCGCCAGCACAAUAUUAUUCGAUUCAAGGAGGGGGGUUAAACUUCCACACAUCUGGGUAUUGUUAUGGAGUAUGCAAGUGGUGGAGAGCUCUUUGAGAGGAUUUGUAGUGCUAGAAGAUUCAAUGAAGAUGAGGUUUGUUCGCUUUCUCUCUUUUCAUUUAUCCACCAAUUCUUUUUCCACUUCUAUACUCAUCAUAAGCAUGAAACUACUUAUUCUCCCUUCCCUUGCUUCAUUGUUGGCAACUGAGUGUUUGGAAAUUCAAUUGUUUUAUUUUCAUUCUGGUUAUCUCUUAGUUUUCUAGGCUCGAUAUUGCUUCUAGCAGCUUAUUUCAGGAAUUAGCUACUGUCAUUCCAAGGUGAAUAGAAUAAUUAUAUUGUGAAUGAGUCAUUUCGGAUGGCAGUUAGUUUUUAGUUUCCUUUGUGGUUAUUUUCUUUCUAAUUUUUUUCUUCUGCAACAAAUAUGUGAUCAAGACUUGAAGCUUAAAAACACCUUAUUGGAUGGCAGUUCUGUCCACAACUCAAAAUUCGUGAUUUUUGUUAAAUAGUA